GGGUCCAGGAGGCUGAGAAGGGAGGAAGGGGGAGGGGGGACGAAGGGAUAGGGAGUUGGUGCCAUGAGCAUUGGGUGAGGCAUGUCUGAGUCGCAGUGAUCAGUUGAGACGGAGAGAUAGUUGGGUUGGGUUGGGUUGUGGGUUCUGGGGAAUAGCCCUGGAUGAUUUAUUGUCGAGGAAUCUUCGCCCUGGGGGUUGUUUGUUUGUUUGUCUGUGUGGGUUGCGUCGAGGAAUGGUGUUGAAAGGGGUGGUGUGAUAAGAGUGUUUUUUUUUUUUUUUUUUUUUUUUUUUUUUUUCUCGUGGCUUUUGUGGGGAGGAUGAUGGUGAAUGAGGUUUAGGGGACUUGAGAGCUCGGGGAGUAAGCUAAUUUUUUGAGGUUUGGUCGUUUGAAGUUGGCUCGAAGUUGUUUAGUGCUUUGAGCUUGUUUCUACAUUUAUUGGGUAGUAUAGUUUUAAUUUUAUUUUUUUUGUUUAUUUAUUUUUGUUUUGUUUCGUUUUGCUUUUUUGGGUUUCGCUUUGAUUUAUUCUUUGGUCAUCUACGUGAUUUGGUGUUAAUAGUAAUUUUUUUAGGAUUUUGAGAUUCUCUGUGUUUGGAUGUGUUCAGCUCUUUUGGAGCCAGAUUACGAGGCUGAAGAAGGGUGUCAGUGAGUGUUGGAAGGGUUGAUUUUGUUUUCAUCAUUUUCAACCAUUGUUAUUGUUGUGGAAGUGAGGAUUGGAAACAGUGAGGUUAAACAUCAUGGAGGGUUUAGGGGGAGGAUACGAGGCGUUUGUGGAGCGGAUUCAGUCAGCAGCUGACACUGCUGCUAAGAGCUCUGGGAAUGCAUCUACUAGCAAUAAUACGUUACAUCCUCCACAAUCUCAGCUACAUCAGUUGCGUUUUGUUGGUUAUCCCUCCACUUCUCACCCGUUUACUGUAAAGAGGGAUGCAUCUCCUGGUCAUUCGGAUGGUUCAAUGAGGAUGAAAGAGUCGGUAGAGGUGUCUAUGCAAGAUGCAGUGAACUCUUCAGCCCCGCCCAGUUUCACUGGUUUAGGACAACCCCCUCGGAUGUCCAGUCCAGCUCACAAUUACAGCACUGACGUGAAUCAAAUGCCAGAUUCUCCUCCACGGCGGAGAGGCCAUCGCCGUGUACAGUCUGAGAUUGCUCUUCGCCUACCAGAUGAGGCGUCCUUUGAACGCGAAUUGCAUGGCUCAGAAAUGCCAGCACUGACUGACGACGGAAACGAGGAUCUUUUCUCUAUGUACAUUGACAUGGAGCAGAUCAACAACUAUAGUGCUACUUCUGGGCAGGCCGGUGCGAAAUCGACUGCAGGGGCAAGCAGUGUGCUUCCUCCAACGUCACAUCACUCUAGGAGUCCGUCAUUGGAUACUCUUGCAGGUUUGAAUAGUGACAGACCUGGAUUGGGAGGGAGCUAUUCUACGUCUUCUGAAGUCCGACGACUCCGACAUCAGCACAGUAGCUCAAUGGACGGCUCCACAUCUUUCAACAUGUCAGAUUAUGAGGGCUCUGAUAGGAAGGCUAUGGCUUCAGCGAAGUUGUCAGAAAUUGCCCUAAUUGAUCCCAAGCGCGCGAAAAGAAUUUUAGCCAAUCGGCAAUCAGCGGCUCGCUCCAAGGAGCGGAAGUUGCGUUACAUCUCAGAACUGGAACGCAAGGUGCAGUCAUUACAGACUGAAGCCACGACUCUCUCUGCUCAGCUUACACUAUUGCAGAAAGACACAACAAGCUUGACCACAGAGAAUAGCGAGCUCAAACUCCGGUUGCAUUCCAUGGAGCAGCAAGCUCAGCUACGGGAUGCUCUGCAUGAAGCUCUACGAGACGAAGUUCAGCGUUUGAAAGUUGCAACUGGUCAGAACUUGAAUAUGAGUGGGCAGCAUGUGUUUCAGACGCAGAAACUUCAGCAAUCAACACUUAAUAAUCAGCAGCAGCAAGCUUCACAGCCGCAGAUGCAUUCUGAUUACAUGCAACGGAGUGGAUAUGGUCUCUCAACUGGGUUUAUGAAGGCUGAAGGAUCAAGCAUCGCAAUCAAUCACGGGAGCACAGCCUCUUUUGGUUGAUUUGUGAUUAAUCCGUUGCUGAAGUAGUUCAAAAUCCUAGCAAAGCACCGUAAUUUCUGACCGACAUCCUUGGUUCUUAGUCACGCGAUGGUUUAUCGUUUGGGUUCACCGAAUGAUUUUGACUUGAGUAGGACCUUGACAUAAUGCCCUAGCUUACCACAUUCAGUAUUGUAGAGGACAACGGCUUCUACUUGGCACAACCAGCAUGUCCAAGUUUUUGGAUCUGUGGCUUCUUGAUGUUUUCAUGAUUUGAAUCUGGACCUAGAUCAAUUAUUCUUUGCUGGCUGUCACAGCCUUCCAUCGUCGGAGAUGAAGAUUAGCUGAGAGUACAGAAGACAAGAUUCUCUUGAGAAACUUCAUCUGCGAGGGACCGAUUAAUGCAGCCAUGGAUUUUUUGGGGCGCCGGUGGCUGCUUUUCUCAGAUACCAAGAUGGUGUGCUGUGGCUGGAUUAUUUCGUUCUGAAAAGACCGGGCUCACCCAAUGAAGUCUCGACAUGGAGGCUAGAUCUCCACACAUUUUUUUUCUUUUUCAAGCCAUGUAGAUUUCCUCACUCGUGAAGUCAAGCGUUCUGAACACAUUAGUGAGUUCAGGCUUUCGUCUUGUGAAUGAACCCUCAUAGUUUAUGUACACAGAAUUGCAAGUGUGUCGCCCCAAUAUUGGAUUCUAUGGUAGUUAUAGGAACCAUACUAGUGGACAUCUGUAUGGCCCACUUCAUUGUUUAUCAGGGGCAAAUUUUUCAACUAAGCUUUCCAUGCAAUUCAUCCUGCAGGUUGUUAUUGUAAGGAUUUCUGCUCUUAUCUGUAAACUUGCAGAAGGACAGCAUACUCGUGUCCUUGCUGUUUGGAAGGUUUUACUAA